CUGCAGUUUGGAAUCUACGCUUUGCCUUUUAGACAUUUUGCAGCAUCUAGAAAUUUAGUUGUGGUUUUAGUCGUAGUUCGUAGUCGCUUCUCAGCUUCUUAGAAAUGAAAUUCCUCGUUGUUCUCGCUGUUUUGGGCGCUGCCUUCGCCGAUGAGGUCGAUCCGCAACAACAGGCCCGCGCAAUGAUGGCCAACCGCAUCCUCACGGCGGAUCCCUCCACUUUCAUCGACUGCCGCAACGAUCCCACCAACGGAUGCGCUGCCAAGCCCGGCUGGAAGUGCCAGAGCCUGAUGAAGCUGUGCUCACCCGGCAAUGCUCCCGCCCUGGAAGCCACCGAGGGAAGCUGCAAUGCCAACAGCGCCGAUGUCCACAAGGAAUGCAAGCCGCUGUACCGUUGCAACAAAGACAGCAAGUGCGCUUUCGUCGGUCCGCGUGCCUGUGAAGCGGAAGCUGACUGCAAUGCCAAUGUUGACGGUAUCAGCUUCGACUGCAAGGAACUGCCCAAAAACGCACCCGGCAAACGUUGUUGGAUGAAAUGCAGCAGCGACAACGACUGUCACGGUUGUAAGGCUGACGGCUCCAACUGCCGUAUUCCUGAAAACUUCCGCAAACAGAUUGGCUGCUGCUCCGGCGUCUGCCAACGCAAGUCGCAGUGCUAAACCAAUGGUCAUCCGAUGCAGCUUUAUAUAGUGUCCAUUCCAGGCUACCUUUGUUACGCAAUAUGAUAACCUUUGAAUAAACCGAAAUUUGCUCAAAUGAAAUACUGUUUUUGUCUUGUAAAGUGUCUAACUGGGUUUACGCGUCGUCCUUCGCAUUGUAACAAGCCAAUAUCAGACUUCUUCGGAUCAAGUGACAAUUAGUUGACAUGGUGGUGUUUAAUAAGUAAUGGGUUACUGUAAUUCUUAGAUGGGUGUUGUGCAGACAUUUUUGGCACUCGAAAUAAAAGUCACUUGGAAUUA